CUAAAGAGCGCGUACCCGCAAUCGACGAGAACAGUGAGCAGAAGGCGGCAGGAAGACGACAAAAGCCCGGCGUCGGUCUGUUCUGUAAACCCUAACACAAAAAAACAACCGAGAUGUCAGAGGAAAAGCCAAAGGAAGGAGUAAAGACUGAGAACGACCACAUCAACCUCAAAGUUGCAGGACAGGAUGGGUCAGUCGUCCAGUUCAAAAUCAAACGACACACACCGCUCAGCAAACUAAUGAAGGCAUACUGCGAACGACAGGGUCUUUCAAUAAGGCAGAUCAGGUUCAGGUUUGAUGGCCAGCCAAUCAAUGAGACGGAUACACCUGCACAGCUGGAGAUGGAGGAUGAAGACACCAUAGAUGUUUUCCAGCAGCAGACUGGAGGAUGCUGCUAAACCCUGGCAUCCCCACCUACCCCACAGAAGGCCAUGUUCAGACCAUGCCCUCAACCACCUUCACCCUCUCUCCCUCCCCAUUUGCUCCUGCCAGCUUAUUGUUAUGACUAUUAUUAAUAUUAUUUUUCUCUUUUUAAAGACAUUCUUUGCCUGACGUGUCAGUGCUCUUCAGCUGUUUCUGUACUCUCUUAGUCAGGACUGAGCUUCAGUGUUCUCGGUCUUUGUGGAUGACCAGUCAGGACCUUCUCUUCCUUUCUGGUGCUGCAGAUUCUAAUUGGACCAACGGCUCACCACAGAAACCGUAAAAGGCUCUGCUGGUUUUUUGUUCAGGGGUCACUGUCGGUGGGGCGCGAGAAUAUUUUGAAGUGGAAGCACCAUCUGAACUCGACCUCCUCCUUUGCUUUUUUCUCUUUUUUUUUUGAACAUAUGUAUUUUAGGUGCUUCAUUGUUUUGUACUUUUGCCUCCGGUUUUAAGAUAUUUUUUUUCUUUCUGUAUCGAAAUAUCCAAAUGGUUGUUAAAUUAGUCGUGAGGUUAAGAACAGUACUCCAAAGAUCAUCUGCUUCUCUUUCAAUGUAUGUUUAAUUUCAAGGUUUAAACAUUUUGAGGUGUUGGGUUAGAUCAUUAGCAUUCUGCUCCCCAGCUUCUAAUGGAGAACUGUCUGUUGUACAGAUUGCCAUUUGCUCAGGGGGUAAAAUAAUUCUGUGCCGCUGAAAUAGGUUUGGGUUUCGCCUUUUCUCAGUAAUAUAUGCGUCUUUAUUUUUGCCUAUAAAGCCGGUCAUGAUCAGUCCCUGUGAUACAAGCAGCUCUUCUUGCAGCAGGAGUUGGGAUUUCCUGAGUACUGUUCUCUUAAGUUCAGCAGCUUCCUAUUUGAGAGCAUGGACACUCAGCUAAAGCAGAAAAUUGUAAGCACAUGUCAUUUUCUCUGACGUGUUUCCUGCUGAGCUGCUGUACUAAAGACAAAAUAUGCUCUGCAACGUAACAGAGAAGGUAUCUCAGACGACCUCUUUGUUGUUCGAAGUGCAACAUGCAACAUACAGUCAUCGCUCUGUAUCUGGAGAACAGGAAAGUCAGCCAGUGGUUUUUUUUGUUCGGGGAUGAGCUCGGUUUAAAGAGUUGCUUAUUUUUGAUCCUUUUCUGGUCUGAAGCAAAAUCUUUCAUCCUAGAGCCAAAUGAGUUGGAGCUUAAAAAAAAAAAAUCUACAGUUGGAGCUUAAAAAAAAAA